AUGGCGCGUAAAGGCCCUGGUACAGAUGGCCCUCUACAGACAGCCCUCCUAGAAUCCACGUCUGCAGCCACGACAAGAGCUUCUGAAGGACAGAAGAUCUUCAGCCCUAUAGCUGUAUUCCUCGAUAAAUACCGCAGCCAAACCACCGGCCUUGCCCCUCACCUACUGAGAGCCCUCACUGCUCUAAGCAAUGACCUCGCCUCAGUAGCCCAACAACAUUUCAACACCUAUAUCAGUAUCAAAUCAACUCCCACUACUCACUCUAAAGCCUCUAUUAAAAAGCCUAUGCCUCUGGUGAAACAACCCCUUCCUAACAACCGGCUCUUCUCUCGACUAAACUCAAACAGUGCAGCACUAAAAGAAGUUUAA